AUGGCGGAAGCGCCCAUCGUGCUCGAUGGAGGUACCGGCUUCCUCAAGGCUGGCUAUGCUGGGCAAAACUUCCCCGAUCACCAAUACCCAUCCAUCGUCGGUCGACCCAUCUUGCGAACCGAAGAGCAGGCACCAGGAGAUAUACAGCUGAAGGAUAUCAUGUGUGGUGAUGAGGCAGCUGCGGCAAGAUCCAUGCUACAGAUAACGUACCCGAUGGAGAACGGCAUAGUCAAGCGCUGGGAAGACAUGCAACAUCUUUGGGACUAUACUUUCUUCGAGAAGAUGCGCAUCGACCCGGCUGGCCGCAAAAUCCUGUUAACGGAACCACCAAUGAACCCUCUGAAGAACCGCGAGCAGAUGUGCGAAGUCAUGUUUGAAAGAUACAACUUUGGCGGAGUCUAUGUCGCCAUCCAGGCGGUGCUGGCACUAUAUGCUCAGGGCCUGUCUUCUGGUGUCGUGGUCGACUCGGGCGACGGCGUGACCCAUAUCGUACCGGUCUACGAGAGCACAGUCCUUAACCACCUGACCCGAAGGCUGGAUGUCGCCGGCCGAGACGUCACACGGAACCUCAUCUCAUUACUGCUUCGAAGAGGUUAUGCACUCAACCGAACAGCCGACUUCGAAACCGUCCGCGCCAUCAAGGAGAAGCUCUGCUACGUUUCCUAUGAUCUUGCUCUUGACCAGCGAUUGAGUGAAGACACAACAGUACUGGUCGAGUCUUACACCCUUCCCGACGGCCGAGUCAUCAGGGUAGGGAGCGAGCGAUUCGAGGCUCCGGAAUGUCUCUUUCAACCACACCUCGUCGAUGUCGAACAACCUGGUAUUGCCGAAUUCCUCUUCAACACGAUCCAGGCUGCAGAUGUCGACAUCAGAUCAUCACUAUACAAAGCGAUUGUCCUCUCUGGAGGCAGCAGCAUGUACCCUGGACUACCGUCGCGCAUGGAGAAGGAAAUCAAGCAGUUGUGGCUGACGAAAGUGCUGGGUGGAAAUCCAGAGCGGUUGAACAAAUUCAAGGUUCGAAUUGAAGAUCCGCCGCGGAGGAGGCACAUGGUAUUCUUGGGUGGCGCUGUGCUGGCGAACAUCAUGGCUGAUAAGGAAGGCAUGUGGGUGUCGAAGCAGGAGUGGGAAGAACAGGGAUCACAAGCAUUGAAGAAGCUCGGCGAGCGGUAA